AUGUCAAACCCCGGGGCGGGGGCUUCCAUUGAGAAAGAUCUACUGGAUGUCUGGAAGUUAGCCAACGUUGAAGACUUCCAGCAAAAACUAGUGUUCUCUUUGAACAUUAGACGACUAGAUCAUAUCAGUCAUGUACAAGAUAAGGAAUUCCAGGCAAUUGGGCUUUCACAGUUACAAAUACAAGAACUGAGGAGAUGUACUGCUCAAGUCCAACAACUGGUCAACAACAGGAAUGUAAAGUCGGAAAUUGUAUUUAUACCAAAUGAAAACCUUGCAAAUAGCAGUUCAUCUGAGAUAAAAAAGGCAAUUAUAGCUAAAGAACAGAUAAAAAUUAUGGAAACUAUCGGCGAGGGAACAUUUUCUGUAGUAAAACGCGCGAUAUGGUAUCAUCCUAGCGGCACGAAAGUAGAUGUUGCGCUGAAAAUCCUGAGGGAUGUCUCACCUUCUCUCAUCGAAGAUUUGGAAGUAGAAGCAAGUCAUCUCCUUAAGCUUCAGCACCCCAAUCUCAUUCGAUUAUUUGGGAUCGUACAACAGCCAGCAAUGAUGUUCGUUGCCCAGUUUGAAUAA